GACCUCGUCUGCGGCUACCGGCAGCUCCGGCAGAUGGCCCAGUCCAUCUACAUGGCUGGGGUCCUGGUGGGCGCCCUGGUCCUGGGGGGCCUCUCGGACAGGUUUGGGCGCAAGGCCAUGCUGAUGUGGUCCUACCUGCAGCUGGGGGUGAUGGGGACGUGCACGGCCUUCGCCCCCAACUACGCGUCCUACUGCGUCUUCCGCUUCGCCGGUGGCAUGGCCCUCUCCGGCUUCGGCCUCAGCAUCGCCUGCCUGGUGGUGGAGUGGAUCCCCACGCCCUACCGCGCCAUCACCGUGGCCAUCACCGGCUUCGCCUACACCCUGGGCCAGAUCCUGCUGGCCGGCGUGGCCUACGCCGUCCCCCACUGGCGCUGGCUCCAGCUCACCGUCUCCCUGCCCUUCUUCGUCUUCCUCCUCUACUCCUGGUGGUUGGCUGAGUCCGCCCGUUGGCUGGUGCUCUCGGGGAAGGCCGAGAGGGCCGUGAAGGUCCUGCAGCGAGUGGCCAGGAUUAACAAGCGAAAGGAGGAAGGGGAGAAGAUCACGGUGGAGAACCUGAGGUCCAACAUGAAGGAGGAGUUGGCUGGUCUGAAGUCCUCCUACACCAUCUCCGACCUGGUCCGCACCCCGGUCAUCCGCCACAUCUUCUUCUGCCUCUCCGUCGUCUGGUUCUCCAUCAGUUUCUCCUACUACAGCCUGGCCAUGGAUCUGCAAAACUUUGGGGUCAGCAUUUACCUCAUCCAGGUGAUUUUCGGCGCCGUUGACUUCCCGGCCAAAGUGGUGGUGACCAUCUCCGUGAGCUACAUCGGCCGGCGGGUGUCGCUGAUGGUGACCCUCUUCUUGGCGGGGCUGGUCAUCAUCGCCAACAUCUUUGUCUCCACAGGUGGGUGCGAUGGGGUGAUGGGGGGGGUGUCUUCUGCACUGCUCCAUGCUCUCAUCGCUCCAUCUGGCCAUCCGUCCAUCCGUCUGGCCAUCCAUCUCACCACCCACUUACCCACGGCGUGGUUGAGGCAGACCGGGCUGGGUUUCGGCAGCACCAUGGCCCGCGUGGGUGGCAUCGUGGCGCCGCUGGUGAAGAUGAUGGAUGAGUACUACCCCUUCUUGCCCCCGGCCGUCUAUGGGGCGGCCCCCGUGGUGGCGGCCGUGGCGGCCGGCUUCCUACCGGAGACCCUCAACAGGCCGCUGCCCGACACCAUCGAGGAGGUGGAGAGCAGGUGGGCAUGGAUGGGGAGGGACGGACAGACGGAGGGACGGAGGGAGGGAGGGAUCUAG